CACAGUCUCAGGAACACAUUAGAGGUGUGGGGAAGGGGUGGCACAUUCUCCUUAAUAUUAACAGGUUCAACUGCAGCGGGUAUUUUCAUGGAAAGGGGCGACAAAUUUUUGCUGCGCCCCAGGUGGCACCAAACCCCAAGCUACACCACUGCACAGUGAUGAUGAGGAAAAGGUAAGAUUUAAACAUUAAAAAAAAAAACUUUUUAAUCUGCACAGAAGUUCAAUAUCGACAUCAUUUUAGAUGCCUACUGUGUCGGGUGCUGGUGGGUGGUGCAACAGGGAAGUGGGGGGGGGGAGGGGGUCGCCAUUUAGCUUGGCUUACAAUAAUUCCUGCUUCAAAACUUUUUUUUAUCAGAUGUUACAUAUAAUGAUGGUUUGACUUAUCACACGUUCAGACCAUGGACACAUUAGAAUUAUUUUAUUUAAACAUUCAUUUACAAUGAAAAAAAAAUGGUUUUAAAUCGUAUGAACAUCAUGCUGAUACACAUAUAUGAUAAAAUAACAAAAUAAAUCAAAUAUUCUACCUCAAGGUAUCACUAAGCUGUCCUCGCCGUCCCAACCUAAACCAAGAUUUCCAAAGUAAAGUGAUGCUUUAAAAAAAUAAAAAUAAAUACAAUAAAAAUAACAUCAAAUCCUCACAUCUGAAUCUGUAAUCUAACUUGAGUGAACAACUUCCGUCAUUGAAUUCAGGCCAGGCACCUGGCGCUUCACAGCUGAACCAAACUAAAACCGUGAUAACAAAAUCGCCCCCAGAUCUGUGAGAAAGACGGAAUCGUAAAAUCUCACUGGAGUCGACUUUAUUAUAAUCAUCAUGCGCACCAAUCUGAAUGUAUCAUGCGCACCAAUUUCUCUAAAUAGCUGAUGAAAUUCCAAAGGAUCUUUAGAAGAAAGAAAAAAAAAAAAGAUUGUAAGGGAGUUUACUCAAAAUUACUGAAAAGUUUAAGCUUCCAUUCCAGUAAGACUUUUGAUUACUAAGUAAUACUAAGUUAUCAUUUCUAAUCCACUUUAAAAAAAAUCUCACUUGAGCGCAACAGUAUUUCAUUACGUGGACAUACUUGGUAACAGAACAGAAAGAUACACAUUUAGAUACAAGUUAAUUUUAAUUUAAUUUAGUACCUGCGAUGAUCUUUGAUUAGCCGGUGCUCGUUGACAUGCACUGCCAGACACAUUUAUUUAGACAACUUUUGAAACAAAAAGAUGAAGAUGAGGCGUAUCCUCAUAUCCUUAUAUCCUCCUCCGAAGAACGCAAAGCCACUGAGAACAGAUAAACAGAAUGCCACGAUCUACAUUAGAAAAAAAUAAAUAAAUCUAAGUUAAACCAAUAAAAAAAAAAGAAAGAAAAAAAAGAAGUAAGCGUAGUGCUACUUUAGGUAUUACGCUUGUGUCGUGGGUAAUACGUGGCGCUUGUUCAGUUACUACACUUGUGUCGUCAGUAAAGCGUAGUGCUACUUUAGGUAAUACGCGUGUGUUGUGGGUAAUACGUGGCGCUUGUUCAGUUACUACACUUGUGUCGUCAGUAAAGCGUAGUGUUACUCCAGGUUCCUACGCCCGUGUCUUAAGACUGUAAGUUAUCCUUUCAGAAGAAAGGACAUUGAUCUUUGACCGACACGUCUCUGACUAAAAUGAUAAAAUUUCAUGCCUUUGAUAGCUCCCGUACGAUGACCUCUCACACGGCGUCUGACGUGAACCCCGUGAUGACCUCUGCCAUGACCUCAGGGAUGACCACCUCAAGGACAUCCAUGACGGUGUUUUGGAUCGCCCUCCUCAUUUCAAUGUGGUCUAAAGGUGAUUUGAAAUCUGGGGCGUAUGGCGGCCUUGGUUUUUUUUUUUUGGUUUUUUUUCCAAGCCUCACAACAUUAGCAGUCUAAAAUUCUUCCGUCAACGGUUAAAUAAUUCAUUAAAGACUAACUUUUCUCCCACAUUUAGAAAUUUUGUUUCAUUCACAACAUAUAUGCAGUGGCGUAGCUAUGGUCGGAGCCACCAAGCUUUUUUUUUUAUUUUACCCAACGCCUCUCCCCACUUUUCAACAAAAUAAAUUAACACUUCGCCGAGAAAUGCCGGCCUUCUCAAUGUCAAGACAGAGAGAGUACAAAAUAACAAAUAAAAGUUUUGCCCCAGAAGACCGUCCCUCCGCACACACACCCACACCCCCACAACCCACCUCCUGUACGAUGUAUAAACCCAUUUAAGUAAGAAUACUGUCCUAAAAUGUGUGUGGGAGGGGGGGGGGACAACAAACCAACCCAUUAAGAGGCAACAUUGAUCCAUGUUUCCCAACCGGUCUGUUCCCCAGGGCUCCUCACGAUCAGAUACGAGACCGGGAUACGCGCUGUGGCCUCGGGCUCCUGCCCCUACGGACUCUUGGCCGACGCCGACCCUCUCAUCGUGACCGGGGACCUAGACUUUAGCUCCGAUGAGCAUCCGACGGCGUACGACAUGCACUUCACUUUCGGACCCAAGGACGCUGAAAACUUAACCGACCUGGUGGGUUUAAUGCAACAUAGACGCCUGGUGGAUCAUGAUUUUUAAAAAAUCAUGCAUCAUCGCUGUUCCAUAGGGGGGGAAAAAAAAAAAACCCAAAACAAUAAAGAAAAAAAAAUUGUAAUAAUCUGCAACACGUGAAUAUUAAAAUGGUGCCUGGUGGAACAUGAUUUUUAAAAAAUCAUGCAUCAUCGCUGUUCAAAAGGGGGGGAAAAAAAAAAACCCAAAACAAUAAAGAAAAAAAAAUUGUAAUAAUCUGCAACACGUGAAUAUUAAAAUGGAUUAUCCAAUCCUUAUGAGUGUUUAGUGUAGUAGUGUUGUUGAGUUUAGUCCUAAUUAUUCUAUCUCUCUUGCGCUUGUAUAGCGCUCUAUGCGAUAAAAUCAGUGGUGCGGGCGGGAAUGGCGCCGCCAAGGAUGAGCUAAGGUUUUUUUGGGGUGCCUCUCUCCUACACUCACAAAAGAGAAGAACAAAAACAGCAUGAGGCCGGGUACGGCCCCAAAUAGAGAGGAAAGGAAGUGCCCUCCAGGGCGGACCGUCUACCUCACCUGUUUCUUUGUCUGUGGAUACAAUAGUGGAUUGAUGUCUGUUUCGUUGGCUGUGUGUGGAUUUGACAUAGGAUACAAUUAUAGAAACAUUUUUUUCUCUCUUGGAAGUAGUAAAAAAAAAAGGUGGUCUUACUGCGUCAAAAUACCUAUUUCCUUUGACAAUGCAUCACGAAUUGCAUUGCAGCAUGUCACAGUUCCUAGCCGUGAUCAUUCAAAAGUCGGUAAAAAUACAAGUAUUUGAGACACAAAAGAUAGGGAUGCAAUUGGGAUAACAAAACCCAUUUUCUGACUUCAGGUUAAAAAUCAUAGGAUCCGGGGCGGGGGGGGGGGGAGGGGGUGGGGGGGGGCGGCGGGGGGAUAUCAUCUUACUGAAUUGUACAUGAUACUUGGCUCAUCAGCGGGUUGUUUUAAAAACUCUCUCUAUUUAAAAUACUCCUCCCCAAGCCAGUCGUCUGUACCAUUCGCCUGAUCCAGCUGUGCGGGGUCAACCACACGGCCGGAUGCUACUGCCUCUUCC